CUACAGCACAACCUCUUUUCUUGACUAAAGAGAAGCAGAGACUCGCUAACGAUGGCAAGAACCAAGCAGACCGCCCGUAAAUCCACCGGAGGAAAGGCUCCCAGGAAGCAGCUGGCCACCAAGGCAGCCCGCAAGAGCGCCCCGGCCACCGGCGGCGUCAAGAAGCCCCACCGUUACAGGCCCGGUACCGUGGCUCUCCGAGAGAUCCGCCGCUACCAGAAGUCCACCGAGCUGCUCAUCCGCAAGCUGCCCUUCCAGCGCCUGGUCAGGGAGAUCGCUCAGGACUUCAAGACCGACCUGCGCUUCCAGAGCUCCGCCGUCAUGGCUCUGCAGGAGUCCAGCGAGGCCUACCUGGUCGGACUCUUCGAGGACACCAACCUCUGCGCCAUCCACGCCAAGAGGGUCACCAUCAUGCCCAAAGACAUACAGCUGGCCCGCAGGAUCCGUGGAGAGAGAGCUUAAACUCUAUAACAGACACUCAAUAACACAAAGGCUCUUUUAAGAGCCAC